UUUGGCGCAAUGAUGAAACUGAUUUUGGCUUUGGCUCUCUGCGUCCUAGCGGUUAACGCCGUCGAGAUUCGUGAGAACGGUGAGAAUGGCUGGUAUGUGCCCAAGGCCGAUGGCAGCAUGGAGUGGAUGGACCGUGAUGUGGCCGAGGCCUUUUUGGAGGACCAAAGCAGCAUGGAGGGACGCAACGUCCUGAACCCCGUGACCUUCUACCUGUACACCCAGUCGAACCGCAACGAUCCCCAGGUGAUCACUGCCUCGACCUCCUCGAUCUCAGGCUCCCACUUCAACCCCAACAACCCCACCCGUAUCACCAUCCACGGCUGGUCCUCCAGCAAGGAUGAGUUCAUCAACUACGGUGUUCGCGAUGCCUGGUUCACCCACGGAAACAUGAACAUGAUUGCCGUCGACUGGGGACGUGCCCGUUCCGUGGACUAUGCCUCCUCCGUGGUGGCUGUUCCCGGUGUCGGAGAGCAGGUCGCCGCCCUGAUUAACCAUCUGCGCACCAACCACGGCUUGAACCUGGAUAACACCAUGAUUAUUGGUCACAGCCUGGGCGCCCAUGUCUCUGGCUAUGCCGGCAAGAACGUGAAGAAUGGACAGGUGCACACCAUCAUCGGUCUGGACCCUGCCCUCCCCCUCUUCAGCUACGAUACCCCCAACAAGCGCCUUAGCUCCACCGAUGCCUACUACGUGGAGUCCAUCCAGACCAACGGCGGAACUCUGGGAUUCCUGAAGCCCAUCGGCAAGGGAGCCUUCUACCCGAACGGCGGCAAGAGCCAGCCCGGCUGCGGCGUCGACCUGACCGGAUCCUGCGCCCACAGCCGAUCGGUGAUCUACUACGCCGAGGCCGUUACCGAGAACAACUUCCCCACUAUGAGGUGCGGCGACUACGAGUCGGCGGUGUCCAAGGAGUGCGGCAGCUCUUACAGCACCGUCAAGAUGGGAGCCACCACCAAUGCCUACAUGGUGGCCGGCGACUACUACGUUCCCGUCCGCAGCGAUGCUCCCUAUGGCAUGGGCAACUAAGAUCCCUUACGCUUUUUAAUCUAAUAAAUUGAGUGAAAGCUCUGUGAGCGAAAGCAGUAA